AUGUCUGAAGAAGCGACGAUUAAAAUUGAGCCGAUGGAAUAUCCACAAGUAAAACUAGAAAUUGAUGAUUGUGUUCAAGUGAAACAAGAAAUUGAUGAUUGUGAUCAUAUUUAUCCAGAAUAUGAUGAAGUAUUUGUGAAAUCUGAGAUCACAAUCCAGGAAGAAAUAAAAGAAGAAACCAUUAAGAAGCAAGAUGCUGUAUCCAAUGCAAACAUAUGUAAAGAAGAAAACAGUAUGUUAAGUAAUUUAGAUGAUAAUACAUUUAAAUACAACGAAAGAGUUUUAAGUAAAAGUAAACAUAACUUGAAAACCCAUAAAUGUAAAAUAUGCAAGAAAUCAUACACAACAAGACAAAACUUACAACGCCAUGAAAUGAUUCAUACCACACAUCAUUAUAAAUGUGAAAUAUGCAAUAAAAGUUUAUACAGCAAGUAA